AUGCCCGCCAGCCGGAAACAGGAAACAACACCAUCUAAGGAAGGGACUACUAUGGUUCUUACGCUCCAUGGAAGCCGUCUUGGACCUGGCCAGGAACGGACAAGCAUUGUCCAACAGACGUUCCAGAGUAUUAUUCGAAUGCCCCUCCCAAUGGCCCUAUUGAAUAAGUGCACCUGGGAGCCUGUGUUCGUCGACAGGUAUGACUGGAAAGGCUGGAAGCCCGGCAAACGUGACCCAUUCUCCUGCGGAUACGUCGACAAGGUGACCUAUGAGAUUGGACCUUUGCUUGGCCCACGACAAUUGCAACUCUUGCCAAGGUCUUUCGUUCUAAUCUAUACGCUUGAGGAAGCGGCCGAACAAUUUAUCUGCGCCCUCUUCGAGGAGGCCGCCGACAUCACCACCUGGGAGGACGACUGUGAGGAUGACUGGGUCGACGAUUGGGUUCUGAUAUUGAAGUCAACGCCAAAACAUAACUACACUCCCACUCAUAUACCACCCCGGGCCUUAUACUUCAAGAACAUUGUCAACUGGGACGUGCUAGACUCCUUGCUCAUAUUUGCGACCUUACACGUAACACCCGACUUAGAAGAGGGCUUGGAGGAGGGGAUGGUUGGAAAACCGGAAGAUGAUGGGCGCGAUAAGACGGAGGGCUCCGUCGACGGUAGCGGGUCAUGA